AUCAGUACCUGUGCACUUGGGCGGAAUGUGCGCCGCAAUCACAAUGCAAGGGGAUUGAGAUAUUCAUCGCGUUCAAAAGGGCGCCGACCUGCGGCACAACAGGCUAGGAACAUGGAAAUAACGUCAGGCCUACGGUUACAAUGCGAUUUCCCUUCCGUGUAGCCUUCUUCUGUCUUUGCUCGCUCUUACUGUGCCUCUACAGCCUCAACACAUUACACUUUUCUCAUGAGCUUGCGCGAGAUCCCAAGCACACAAACAGCAAGGAGUAUGCAUAUGUCUUCUACGCGACCAACAAUGUCUACGCGUGUUCCGCCAUGAUCAACGCCCACCGGCUCCGCAAUCUCUUCCACACCCGCCAUCCCAUAUACCUGCUGGUGUCCAAGGACGUCUCCGUGACAUACAAAACAGCGUUUCGCGAACGGUACGACGUGACGGUCAUCGAGCACGAACCGCCGCCAAUCUCUCCGAGCCCAACUGGCUCCAAUUACUAUCACGCCGUGAUGCUCAAGUUGAUCAGUUUCAAGCUGCACCGCUGGGCACCGCACGUAAAACGCAUCAUUGUCAUGGACGCGGACCAAUUACUCCUGCGUUCUCUCGAUGACUUGUUCACCAGGGUGCCAGAGGACAUCGGAAUCUCAGCGGCGCGUGCGUACUGGGCUCGCGAAGACUCGAUAGCGUCGACAGCGAUGAUGAUGAUUUCGCCCUCCGAGUCGUUGUGGAACAGAGUGGAUGCCGCGCUAGCCAGUCUCAGCGCCGACACAUAUGAUAUGGACUUGAUCAAUACUGAGUUCAAGGGCGAGAUAUUACUUCUGCCGCCACAGUUCCUCGCAUUGAACAGUCACUGGGAAACAGGCAUGGUGCCGAGAUGGUCUGACUACAAGCAGGAAUCUGCCGUGUAUGACGCUGGCGUCAUCGACCCUUUGACCUCCAUCUUCCAUGACGACGUGUACAGCUUGCACUUCACGGCGUUGGGAAAGCCUUGGUCUUUUACCGUCCGGAGCGUGCACAAACUCAGACCGAAAGCUCAUCCGCUGUUUGCGGAGCAGUUCCUCUUGUGGCGAACGGCAGCUAAACAUGUUUGUCCAGCUCUUAGGGCGGAAGAGAAAGGUGCACUUGACGUCGUGGGGAAGAAGUACUUCUAUGGUGCUCCGGAUUUGGAUCAGGACAUGGUGGUUGAUCAGGGGAGUAAGGUCUCGGACUAUUUCUUGGAUGUAAUAUGAAGCUUUUGCGAGAUUCCGAGAUCUGCCCACAACGCCGGAAGGCUUGCAGAGACACAAGACUUGCGGCAGAGUAAUGGCCUUUUCGCUCUUCUCGCCGGCAGAAAUAGAACUCAUGCUGUGCAGCUCAAGGAGAAUUCACAACCUGCUGUUCUAUAAUUCCAACUCUUUGUCAGACAGCUUGCGUCCGUUGGACUGACUGCUCGACCUGUGCUGUGCCAUAUCUUAACGAAUCCAAAGCUCUGUUGUCUCAAAUGUUUCCGAAAAGAGCUUCACCUUCCAUGACACCAUGCACGUAUGCAUCACCGACAAGUAGCCUCGGUUGAAUGCCAGUGUCAGGCAUGAUUGUGCCUGUCCGUCUUAACAGAAAGGGAACUGGGCACCCAUGGAUGAUCCACACCUCAUCGCCCUCGUUUGCACACUCUGGCACAAGACCUAUCCAGCCGCCUUCAAGGACGGCAAACUUCCGCCCGUUGCACACGGACGUCG